CGACAUCACUGCAGUUGCAAGCAAGCUAUCGUUCGCCACCAUGGUGCAGUGGUCAGCUGAAGAGAAGCAGCUCAUUAUCAGCAUAUGGGGCAGGAUUAAUGUGGAGGAAUGCGGUGGGGAAGCCCUGGCCAGGCUGCUCAUCGUCUACCCCUGGACCCAGAGGUUCUUCUCCAACUUCGGGAACCUCUCCAGCCCCACCGCUAUCACUGGAAACCCAAAGGUGCGUGCCCAUGGCAAGAAGGUGCUCACCUCCUUCGGGGACGCUGUGAAGAACCUGGACAACGUCAAGGGCACGUUCUCCAAGCUGAGCGAGCUGCACUGCGACAAGCUGCACGUGGACCCCGAAAACUUCCGGUCCUAG